AUGUCGUUGAUCGACAGGACUCCAUCCCUCAGAUGGUUUCGGCGCUCAAAGUCCUCCGCUGCCACUCUGUCUGCAACGAGCACGGCGAUCCACGACCCGCAGAAGCCACCUAUAUUUGACAACGUGGUUAACGACCGUCCAGAGUUCUCUGCCAACCCGUCUUACCUCCCCGACCACGGCUCUGGCACCCACCUCGAGCUCGAGCACGCCCUCGCCCGUUCCGCAACCGCGAGCGCCUCCGCGUCGCCCAACCCGACCUCCUCGUAUCACUCCCGCCCGCUCCCGCCGCUCCCAGUUGAGUCCCGGGGCAGAGCGCGGUUCUCAGUCGGACUCGACGAUCCGGACCCGAUGCUUAGAUAUACGCAGUCCGAUAUCGGACAUGGCGGUGGCUACCUCGCCUCACGCACGUUCACGGAACCGGAUUCCCACUCGAAUCCGCUGACAGCGAUAUCAACCAAGCGACCUCGCAAAUUGAAGAAGCCGGAGCACGCCCGUCUGUCCUCUCCAGACACGAGGGUGCAGGAGCGCCCUCGUCAAAAAGCUGCCUUGGCCCCUCAUGGCCGGAUCGGCUCGCGCUCGACCUCCGCCUUGCCUUUAAGCUCGCUGAAUGAGUCCCCUCCCCCGAAGACGCCGUCCGCACCGUCUCUGCUCGCGUUGGCUGCACGACUGCCUUCCUUUAGACACUCGCAUCACAAUCAUCCCAAAACGAGCACCGAGGACGCACCCACUCGACGAUCACGACCACAGUCCGUCCCUGGCGCACAGGCGAUGCUCGCGAUACCCAAUCCUACACGCUCUGGAGCAGGAUCUCGUCUUUCGUCCGGGACAGCGAUUACGGUGGCCUCGACCGCCAGCUCCUCGACUUCGGCAGCCAUGUAUUUUGGCAGCGCCUCUCCUCCUCCAAAGUCGCCGUCAGCGCCGACCCGCAAGCUGACCAAACGACGGCCACAGCCGACCAAAUCGGUCACCGCGCCUAUCCCCGCCUCUGCUCCGGAAAUCUCUCCUCCCGUCAGUCCGGUGACGGGAGUCUAUCCGUCUAAGAUCAUUACCAACUACUCGAGACCGUUCAGUAUGAUUGAUGGGGUCGCAUCGGACACACGUUUAUGGCAGUCCGUCAGCGAGAACGGCCAUGGCUAUUCAAGCCCGCCAAUGUCGCCAGUCGCCUUGUCCCCAUACAAACCAGCGUUUCACUCUAUCACCGUGCUUGGUCACGGAGCGCCAGAGCUCGAGGAGCACGACUCCGUCAUAUCGCCUAAUCCGUCUAUAGAGUCGCUCCCGCGCCUCCAAACCGCCGCGCUGCUGGAUCUAUCGCUCACGACUUCGGAUGAUAUCAACGUUUCCAGCAGCGCGAUCGCUGCGAGGUCGAGCUUGCUCCACGCGGCGGACCGCAGCGGUUCGCAGCGAGAUAUAUUCGUGCUUGAUCCGAAGUGGACCAUCGGAGAGGAAGGGGAAGAUGAGGUCGAACAGGAUGGCAUACGGGCGCGAGGCGGCGACUUUGAUCCCUAUUGCGACCUGAACGACUCUCCACCGCCGCUCGUCAGAGAGGACUCAACAGCUCAGACAUCAACCGAAGGCUCACUCAUGACGCCGCCGACGCCGCACGAUUUCACGCCGCUGACGAGCAUACCGACUAACCUGGGUGCCUUGUCCGCUGCCUCGGCGGCAAAAGCGCAGCAGGGCGUCGACGAGCUUGGUUUCUCUUCUGUGGCUAAACCCCGACCUCAGUUCGAUUCGGACAGAUGCCAUCCGCUGCGGAGAUGGACGCUGGCAAUGGCGGAAGCACCAGAUGAGGUCGUCGCUCAGGAAUUUGAGCUGCUACGUAAAGUAGACCAGGGAAGACGGAGCAGAAAAUCGUCCAUGGCGAGGACGAUGUCGGCACCUAUCUCGAUGGUGGAUGUUGAAGAAGAUGGGACGCAGGAUGACGAUGAACCCGAGCACACCCUGCGCAUGCGUACGAGCUUGCUGAGCUUGGGGGCCCUCGGCGUGCUGAAUGGAGCCAUGGUGUAUGGUGGCCCGAACACCGAGAAGGUCGAAGAUCUCGCGGCGGACGAGGAUCGGUCUAGCGACGAGGACGAAGCUGGCUGGGAGAACGUCCGGAAAGCGAUUCUCUCCUGCAAGGACCUGAUUCGGACGGAAAGGGCGUACCAAGCGAAGCUCUGUCAGUUGAUCGACGGAGAGACGGCAACUCCUCCACCACCUCUGAUGCAGCGGUACCUUCCCGCUUUGAUCAACGCCUCGCAGGCAUUGCUGGCGCGAUUGUCGGAGGAUCCGUCCGCGUGGGGUGUCAGUGCCGCGUUCGUCGGUAUCGAAGAGCAGCUUGAGCAAGCAUUCGUCGCUUGGUGUGGUAUCGUUGGGGAGUUCUUCAUCGACCGCCCUCAAGAACGCAUGGUCCGGAAGAUCGUCAAAACGCCUCCCGCGAGUCUGUUAAAGGUCGGUAGCACGUUGCGCCCGGCGCGACCUCGCACCCGGAGCGGAAAGAUUCAUAUAGAGCGCGCGGAUACGAGCCCCGCAGCAAGUCUCCGCGCCAAACGCAGACUGACGCAAGCUUCGGCUGCGCGUGAGUCGAGGUCGUUCGACAUGAAGAGGGUGGAGGACGAGUCCUGGCCAGACAGCCCUACUCGUUCCUUCUUCUCGGCCACCUUUGGCAAUGCGUCGUCGGCCAAGCUCAACCCAGCGGCCUCUUCUGGCUCUGGCGCCGCGCCCUAUCAGCCAAGGAGUUUGCCUACGGUGAGGGAAUUGGCCAUCCAGCCUGUGCAGCGCGUCAUGCGCUACGUGCUCCAUUACCGAGAUCUUCUUAGCUAUACUCCGGCGAACUCUCCUUCGCGAUCGCUCAUCGAACGUGCUCUGCAAGUCGCCGAGCGCAUCGCGCAAAAGUGCGAUCGCGCGCAAGACAACUCUUCGUUCCUGCUUCGCCGUUAACGAGCGUCGUCGGGUUUCAUUAUACCAGGCACCAGCAUCCUCACCUCUGCAUAGAUAUCCUUAUUCCACAUCGCAAACACGCUUUCUUGUAAGUUGUAGUAGCUCAUCGACCUACCCCCUUCCUUCUCCGCAUUCACUCGGAUGGCUCCUGCAUGCAUGCCUCCCUGAUAAUAACCUAUCAACCGGUUCCCGUAUGUAUAGUAUAUCUAGCAUAUGCGUUUACCCAUUCCAUCGUGUAGCGCUUGUAGUUGUCGUUAGUAUUGAAAUGAUCAUGACCUUCAC